AUGGUAAUCGACGACAAAAAGGCAAGAGAUGGAAGACCUGAUCCUGAGAGAACUGAUCUUCCUGUUCUGCAGAAGUAUGUUGAGUCGGUAGCGGAAGUCUUCAUCAUUAAGAGUGCAGGAAGACUUCCGGAUCAGCUCAAGAAGGAGCUGGAACAACCGACGAACGGCGUAAAGAAAAGUCGGAGAAUGGAGAGAACAGACUUUUUGCGUUCUCGGAGUACACUGAGUCGGCACCGGAAGCUCUCAUUGCAGUUGUAUGGGAAGUCUUCCGGAUCAGCUCUAGAAGGGGCUGGAAAAGCCGACAAACGGCGUACAGAAAAAUCGAAGAGUGCAAGACUUCAUGAUCCAAGAACAGCAACAGAAACAAGACCUCAAGAGCGUCGACGUAAGUCACGUAAUAACGCGAUGAAUUCUGUGAGAAACCUUCAGCAUCGACAAUGA